AUGCUCCUUUGGCCCGGCAAAUUCUUCCUUAUGGCUGUGAGUUUUUUUCUUUCCAAUUAUGAAUCGAGUGGAAAAAAAUAUGAGUUUUGAGAAUCUGCUAACUUAGAACUUCACAGUUUCGAAAGAGAUAGAAAAAACUGCACCAUUUUGCUUUUUAUUAAAGUUUUUGCCGUGUUCAAAGUAAUUUCCGCGAAAUGCAAAAUACCCGUUAGAGAAAGGAAAAAAUCACUAAAUUUUGGAGAGUCAGAGAUCAUUUUGCAUUUCGCGGAAAUUACUUUGAACACGGCAUUUGAAACCAGAAAUUCCUAUUUUCUUGGUAAAAUUUGAGAUUUGAAGCUUCAGUUCUAAAAAGUUAAUGGAGAAGUUGUUUCUGACUGAUGAAAAUAAGGGCGUUCUAAAGAAUUUUUCAGUCCUUUUUUAUUUUCGAAAAAUAUCAUUUUUUUGUAUUUGCUUUUUUUAUUGCUCGGGCAAAACUGAAAAGCUCCUCAAAAGCUUUUCUCAAAAAAAGACCUUGAAAGGGCCCCCAGCAGAUCUUUUUUACAUCAUUUCAAUUCUUUUUUGCAUCUUUUUCACAUCCUCUAACAAAAAGGAUGCUGGAAAGCAAUUGAAAAGAUUCGAGAUGAUUCGAAAGAGGCUAUGAAAAAGGUGCUCAAAAGCUUUUUACAUCAUUUUAGGAGCUUUUAGAGGAAGCUUUUUAUCUCCCUCUCCGGAUCUUUUAAGGAUCCUCAAAGGAAAUUUUCCGUUAUACCUAUGUGCCCUCUCGCUUCGAUUAGAAAACCUCUGAUUUCUCUGCGCUCUCUUUUCUCUCAGCCUUGUCCUUUGGUGCUACGACGAGAGCGAGUUUUCCAUUUGCGGGGAGUACUGUAUGCGGAAAUGCGCAUUGAGUGCAUACUCGUCGCGUGUUUACACUUUCCUUGCGUGACGUCACCGGGUAGGACAUCUCCGGGUUUUUGUUUCCGAGUUUUUUUCGAAUAUUUUUUUCAAAUAUUUUUUUGUUAUUUUUUUCAAGAUUUUUGCAUUUUUUUCUCGAGGAUAUUUGCACGAUAAAAAAACAGUAUCAAGAAAAAAAUUGAAAAAAACAUUCGAAAAAAACUCGGAAACAAAAACCCGGAAAUGUCUGACACGGUGACGUCACGCAACGAAAGUGUAAACACGCAAAUUGUAUGCACGCAAUGCGCAUAUCCGCAUACAGUAUUCCUCGCAAACGGGAAUCUCUCUCUCUUGUCGUAGUACCUGUCCUUUAGAAAAAAAACAGGCCUUAUUGGGAUAAAAUUUAAAUGGUCCCUCUAAACCCCUAAAGCUCAAGUGGUACCUAUAGGGUCUUUCAAUUUUUGUUCAGAUUUGAAAAUUAAAAAGACAAAAAGGAUCAUUCUGCUCAAAAGCUGUAUUAUUAUUCGUAUUCGUUCUUCACAUAUUGUUCAUGAAAAUAUUCGACUAGAAUUUUCCUUAUAGGGACCACUUUUAAGGGCCCCUAUAGGGGGAGGUGAGGUCGCGCCUAUCUUAGGAACUUUUAGAGUGGCCCCUAUAGGGGUUAGGGGAAAAAAAACAGUCCCUAUAGGGCCCGAAAAAGUGUUCCCUAUAGGGGUUUAGAGUCUGAAGCUUAAGUGAUUCCUAUGGGGAUCGUUCAAUUUUAUUCAAAAAAGGUUUGUUAGUUUUUCGCAUGGAAGUGUUUCUUCGCAUAAAGCGCAAAAAAAUUAUCGAGUAGCUUUUCCCCUAUAGGGGUCACUUUUGCAAGCUUUAAAGACCUCUAUAAGGGUUGGUAAAGUGAUCCCUAAGGUUGCCCCUAUAGGCACCACUCUGGGGUUCUUAAAAGCCUAGUCGGCGAGGGAAAAAAGAGCGCAGACGGGUCAGAGUCCUGCCUCCCAAAAACGCCCGUUUCAGCUGGGAACUUUGAAACCCCAAGUACUACACGAUCCAGUAAGAACUGAUUUCGGAUCAAUGUUCACUGAACAUUUGUCCCGGGCGGACAAUUUCGCGACCUUUUCCAAAUGGCUCAUGCCCAACACGGUGUUGCAGAUUUGCGACGUGGAGAUUAGGGGGAAAGGUGGGAAAAAAAUGUAAUAUUUAUUCAGGUCACAGUUUGAAAAAAGGAGGGAAAAGACCAAUUUUGAAUCGAACUUCAAGGGUGAGAGAGUAUGGGAAAAAUGGAGAGUUCCAGACAUUUUCAGAAUUUGGGUUGAGUACAUCAAACACACGAAAAUUUGUAUAGUUCAUCCUCACAAUUUGAAAAAAAUCUGUUUUCUCUGCGCCCUCUUCCGUCUCUCUUUUAUAUUUCCACGUUUGUCGGUUAGAGAGAAGAGAGCGCAGACAAGUCAGUAAAUCAAGAAAUCGCAAAAACUCUCGCGAAUUCCGGAAAGUUACAAAAAAGCAGGAAAAGAUCAAUUUUGAAUAAAGUUUCAAGGAUGGUGCUAGAGAGUAUGGGAAAAAUGGAGAGUUCUAGACGGAUAUAGAAAUUUCUCUUGUUUCAACUCCGAAAAAAACCGGGCCGUUUUUGACAAUUUUCGCUAAUUUUCAGAAAACAUUACAAAUUAUUGGAGGGCGCUCAGUUCUAAGUACAAAAUUCAUAUGGUGAUUUUUUUUUUUGACCGCAUUUGGAAUGGCUUGACGCGUCGCGGUUUCGAAUCUAGUUAUAUUGGGAGAAAUCCAGCAAGUGAGCACUUUAGGGUUUUGAAAACCGGAAAUUUGAAAGUUCUUAGGAUCUCCAGAAUGGUCCCUGUAGAUAGGGGACCUCUCUAGGGACCACUUUACCAACACCUAUAGGGGCCACUAAAGCUUGCAAAAGCGGUCCCUAUAGGGUUUUUAUAGUGGUCUCUAUAGGGGAUAUGCUAGUGGAAACCCCUAAAGGGACCGCUUUUUGGCCCCUACAGGGGCCGCUUCAGACUCUAAACCCCUGUAGGACCACUAUACUAAUAACCCUAUAGGGAUCACUUUUCGGCCCCUGUAGGUGUCGUUUCAGACCCUAGACCCCUGUAGGGACCACCUCAAUUUUACCCCUAGAGGGAUCCCUUUUUCAACCCGCAUAGGAGUUGUUUCAGACCCUAAUACACUGUAGGGACCAUCUUCAUUUUCCUCCUAGAGGGACCACUCUUUCGACCGUAUAGGGGUCAUUUUAGACCUUAAACCCCUAUAGGACCACCCUAAUAAUACCCCUAGAGGGACCACUCUUUCGACCGUAUAUGGGUUGUUUCCUCCUAACCCCUAUAGGGACCACUCUGGAAUCCCUAAGCUACGAUGCGUGCCCUUUUGGGUCGGAGCCGAGCCAUUCCAAACGCGGCCUCGGAGUCUUGAAGAAAAAGAACUUUCCCCCCAAGGCCAAAGUUAUUCGCUGGAAGUCGAUAGCCGUUGAAGCGUUGCAACCGACUCACGUGUCCGCUUUUUACAACAGUAAUGAGAUCCCGACUUUUCUCUACUUUGAGAAUAACCUCGUUUGGGUCGGUUGCAAACUUUGAUGGGAUUAAUACAUUUUCUGCUUCAGGAUCCAUUUGAGAAACGACAUUUCCUUUUCCGACAAUGGCGGAUUGGUGUCGACGAAUGUGAUCUUCCUUUUUAA